AUGCCACCACCGAUCCGGGGCUUCGGCGCCGGUCCUGGCGUUGGUGGGCCUUUCCACCAACCCGGAUUCUCUUCUCAUGGACAGCCUCAAGGCGGGCCGAUGGGUGGUAACCAAUAUCUGAAUGCCAAUACCCAGAUAAGCUCCUUUGCAGGAGCCAACGGCAACGCCUUUGCUGGUCUCAAUGGGUCAGGAUUUGCUGACUCCGGCUUCGGCAGCCAGAGCGCUAGAAUGGGCUUUGCGCAUGGUCCCGCUGCCGGAUUGCAACAACCUCAGCAUGGGGGGCAGUUGCAGCACGGUGUAUUGAUGGAGCAUCCGACAAUGAGAGCCCAAACUAAUAAGGGAAGAAUACGAGAGGUCUGGAAACAUAAUCUAGAGGAAGAAAUGGCGGUAUUAAGAGACAUUGUGGACAAGUAUCCAUUCAUUGCCAUGGUAAGUCCUUAUUACGCUUUAUUCAUGGCCGCCCCCAACCAGCAUUUGUACAUUUUGAAUGCUAACGGUACGAAACAACAGGAUACGGAAUUCCCCGGAGUUGUUGCCAGACCUAUGGGCUCAUUCAGGGGCAAAAGUGAUUACCACUAUCAAUGUUUACGGACAAACGUCGACAUGCUCAAGGUUAUCCAAAUUGGACUGACUCUGUUCAACGAAGAAGGCGAGACUCCACCGGCAAGACCCGGACCGGACUUGGGACUUGGACCCAAAGCCAUGAAGGCGGCCAGCCAGGGACCUUUCCCGUACUCGUGGCAAUUCAAUUUCAAGUUCUCCCUCAAGGACGACAUGUAUAAUGAAAAGUCUAUCGAGUCGCUGCAGCAGGCUGGUAUUGACUUUAGUCUUCUUGAACGAGAUGGCAUCGAUCCCAAGGCAUUCGCCGCACUUCUCAUUCCCUCGGGAUUAGUAUGCUUUGACGAAGCUAGAUGGAUCUCUUUCCAUGGAGGGUACGAUUUUGGGUAUCUCACAAAGCUGCUAAUCUGUACGCCGCUGCCCAACGACGAGGCUGAGUUUGACAGCAAGAUGAAGCUGUAUUUCCCCACGACAUACGAUGUCAAGCACCUCAUGAAGUAUGCCAUACGGCUACACACGCAAGGAUUCCUCACGCCUAAUGAUCCCGCUGUAGUUGAGAUCUUGAACAAAUUCGAGCACAAGUCUGGCCUGGAGAAUAUUGCCGAGACGUUCAAAGUCAAACGAAUUGGGUCAGCGCAUCAGGCUGGGUCAGACUCUCUUCUUACUGGGAAAGUAUUCUUCCAGAUGCGAGAUAGGAUCUUCAAUGGAUCAAUUCCUGAAGACCACAUUGGUAGAGUCUGGGGUCUGGGAGUUCCCGAAGGUCCAAUGCCUCCUAUGAUGCCGCAGGGUGGCAACGAUCAUGGCCAGAAUGGCGGCACCCCAAGCACGCCCAACCAAAUACCCGCUAGCCUCAUCAGCAGUCCUGUAGCUACACAGAAUCACAAUUCCAAUGGAGGUAUGUCGCACAUGGGUCCUAUGACUCCCGGGGGAGGUGGCGGCGUCUUUGGAAGCUUCGCCUUUGCCGGCAACAGCAGAUAG